UGUGACUCUCACUGCUACUCCCAUGAUCGCCAACGAUACACAGCGGCCAACCCACUCACCAGGUAGUAGUGUCAGCCUCAGCUCGACUCUUCUCGAUGAUCAGGACGAAGAUGUUCAGAUUGCAGUUCGUGCCCUGGGUGACAUGCGGAACGGGGGUGUAUCGAAAUCCUGUGUGUUCAUCAGUUCUAUCUAUAUCGGAAUUCAGAACUAACGAUAUGUUUUUAAUUAUCAUCUUUUUGCGGGAUGCUCUGUCAAUCUUGGAAGCUUUAGAUGGUCCGUAUACCCAGUCGGAAGCCUCAAUGUCAAGCCCGAGGACAACGUCGUCGCUCUCGACCUCGAGUCUUCCUAUAGACGAAGGUCCUGCAGAGACCUCUACAGAAAGCGAUUUUGCUUCAAGGGUUGCUCAUUUACCUCUCGUUCAUGGUGCUUUGCGAAUGUAUGAGCAGGGAAAAGCCAGUUCCAGAGUCGUCAAGUAUGGCGCCGAAAUUAUGGAAUCGAGCAUGAAGACUAUAUCCAGGCCUGUAAUCGACAGAUUACCCUCUAAUACCGUCGAUGGUAUUUUGGAUAGAGUGAGUGGAAACCAACUACCCCCUGUUCUCGACAAUCUGUCUCCGGUCAUAGCUGAAGGCUAAGCGAGACCGUAAAUCCGUUAGCUGUGUUUUUCAAGUCCGUACUUCAAAGUUUCGUUUAAAUUCUCUCUUAUUGCAUGCCGUCCCCGUUUUUGAUCCAUCAGCGCAUCUUGAUAUCAUCCCACCCCGUUCUUUCACUGCACCUUUGAGUCCAGUUUCCUUACCCUUUUCCAAAAUUUCUCUCCCAAUACCUUUUCAAUUUUCCCUGGUCGCCGUCAGCGGCCUCUGGUCUAAUUCUGGCAAGAUUGCGAAACCCUCCUCUCUUACCUGCCCCCCGACCACACGGAUCCUUUGCAGCACAGCAAUGAUCCAAGCUACUGGGAUCAUUACUAAACCGGGAGCAGCUUCCAAUUCUUGUUGGGUUUCGUUAGAUCUUCGAUCCGUCCUAUACAAUUCGCACUGUGUGUCGAUUCGAAUACACCUUUGCAUCCUCUCUCUGCCCCUUGUUUUAUGACAAUGGAACGGAAAACGGACAACCUGUCCGUGACCUUUCGUCAUCACCGGGAACAAUUAUACUGUUUCUGGCACCAUCUGUUCCUAUUCAUUGCUUUUCCCCCCCUUCUCUCAUAACUGAUGCAGAUGGAGCAUCGCCGACUUAAAAGGGGGGUGCUCCAGCUGUUAUAUCUUGACCCUUUACCUGUUCUAGUCACUCGUGUUGAGCACUCUUCUUUACUAAGGACUGCGUCCUUUUACUUUUUAAAUCUUCAUCUAUUCGCUUUUUCAUUAGACUUCUCUAGCAUUCUCUUUCUUCCCACCCUACCUUUCCGUCUUCUAGUUCCGCGCGUCAACACUGACCAGCAUAUUCUACAUAUCUCAAUCCUCCUCAACAUGUGUGCUUUACCCUUACUUCCUCCAAUCUCCGCUCUGCUCGACUGCAUUCCUCAGUUUAGACCCCAGCACUCACCAGUUUCUCCUCGCUCCCUCGAGACCCAACGCCAUCAUCAUGAAGGGGCGGAUAGUUACGACGGAGAUGCGACGUCCAGCAAUCGCCACGAAGAAAAUUCUAUACCUCGUCUUACCUACGAUGGUGCGGCAGUGGGAAGCUGGCUUUAUAAAACUCCUCCUUAUAACCAUCGACCACCAGAUAAUCUAAGGAGAAGGCGUUCGAGUUCUGCAUUAUCUAUUGAAGAACAUAGUACAUCGUCACAUUCCAUUACGCCUACGAUGACUAUGUCUGAUCUCCAUGAUGGAGAUUAUGGAGGUAGCUCAAGGGCCGGGACUUCUUCCUCGGUUUCUGGUCCUUUUUUUGCGUCCGGAACCCGGCGGGGGCGUUUCCGCUCCCCCAGUCAACCUGAGAGGAGUGCCCACUCGCCACCGCAGGAAAGGGAAACGCAGCUUACAACGACAUCGAGACUGCAAGUUUUCCUGACACAAGCCAGUGGUCUCAGUGUGGCUUGGAGUGCGGAGAGCAUGAAAAGAUUGAGGUAUUGCUUGACCUGGUUACACUGGGCCAUAGAUCAUAUAGAUUCUCAAAUCAACUUUUUGAGAGACUUUACCAUCUCACUUCAGCAACAAUAUCUCGAAACCGUGGAGGAGGAGGAAGGUCACGGCAUCAGCCCGACCACACCUACUCAAGCGACUACAAGGAGGCCCAGGCGUCGACCUCACACCCGGACACCCUCUACAGUUUCCAUCUCCGAAGAACACCAACGCAAGCUGAACGAUGCUCGAAAAGAUGUCGUUCAGACUAUUCGUCAGGUUGUCAGCGUCGUCAGCAAGUAUGCUGGCGAGGCGGCCCUACCGGAACCUGCGAAGAGGCAUGUCAAGGGCUUCAUCUUGAUGCUUCCAAGGAGAUGGGCAGAAGCUGUACGAUGCGGGGGAGGUGCAUCAGCUAGUGGUGCAUUGCCUCCUUCGUCUGGCAGUGGGCCUAGUGAGGCUGAGCGGGAGAUCGUGAAUGCCGCUGCAUCCGGGAGAGCGGUCAGUGGUCGAAGGUAUCAUGGUAGUAGGUUGAGGGAGAGAGGGGUUUCCUCUACCGCGGCGUCACCAGCAUCCUCGAGAGCUACUUCGCCUUCUGCCUCUCCUCGCAUACCUCUUCGCGGAAUGCAUGAAGCCGGAGGUAGCGGUGCCAACGAUGGCAGCAGAACCAUGUCGGCCAGCUCGGCCAUGGCUACGACUCAAAAAGUGUUGGUUCUUGCCAUGGAGAGUCUGGAUAUGAUGAAGAAUGUAACAGGCGUAGUGAAGAAGAGUCUUGAUGCGGCAGAUCAGUGGGUCGAGACGAUGCGGAGAUACGGACUUCAAGGAUCGCAAACGGAUGGAGAGAUACCGAUGGAUGAUCGGCAACUGCCACCACCAGCUCAGGAAGGUUCCCAGUCAUACUUUUCGAAUGGUGAACACCCAAGAUAUCACGAAUACCACGAUGGAGAUGCAUUGUCGCCAUUGAACCUCAGCAGAAGGGGGAGUGUAGAGAGCUUCCCUCUACCACCUCCUGAUUCGCCGUAUUCGACACAUUCAACAUUGACUGGUACGGGAAGUACUCCAGGUACACCCGGUUUCACUGCCUUGAAAGUACCCCACAGCAAACUUGAUACUCUGAGCCCUGAUGUUCCCGGAAGCAUGGGACGGAUGACUUUGAUGGAUGGUGAUACAACGGUGAAGAGGGAAGAUGAGAGCGAGAAGUUGAUGAAGAUGGACGUUGAUGUUGAUACUUAGAUAAGGUGAUCGAUAUCGAUCGCCCGUAUUUUCUUUUUCUGUAUAUCUGGGUCCUGGAUUGUUUGUUUUUUUUUUGUUUUUACGACAUCGCGUUACUGUUUAUUAUUCAUGCUGGGAAACUUUACGCCACUCGAUCCGAUCUGUCCAUGAAUCCAUCCUUGUUCCCGUAUCGCCUGGUUUGCGAUCCGUCACAAGCACGUACUGAUAUAUAAUGUACUGGAUCUUUAUUGCAACAAUAGUUAUUUGUAUUCUACACCUUACACAUACAUGAGGGAAUCAAGAAGAUUGCGAAA